AUCCGAAUGUAACCUUCAUUAUGAAAAAGUUCAAGAUCAAUUUUAGGCGACUUUAUUUUUUACUUGCGGUGCAUUCGGGGAGACGCUAUUUAUGUCAUUCUAUGCUUUAUCAUUCGUAGACAAAACAAGGAUAGUAGAAUCCUACAUUACCGAUACAGCUUGAAUUGUAAUAGAUAUGCGAAAAAUAGGUUACGCUUUACCCCGAAGAUAUAUUGAAGAUUUAAAAAAAGUAUUACAUACAAUUUGAUUUCAUUACCUCUUAUUAACAAUGAAGUUCACGGAGGUGUUAUACAAGCAACAUAUAGGUAGACAGCUGAAAAAAUUGUGGUAUGUAAAGCGAGAACGCGUGGUGGGUGAUACCAAAAUAGAAGAACAAUUAUCGAAAUUUGGAAUUCAGGUGAAGGAUCCCUUAGAAGUGAUCCGUCCAAAACGGGAAUUUCCAAAGUUAAAGCUAGAAUUUUUGAAGCCAAGCCCAAUAGUGUUUGAUGAAACGCAUCCCGACUGGAAAGCUAAAACUUGCUUGGUAUUUAAGAAUAAUAACGUUUUGCAAGAAGGAUUUUGUCAAGCACAGAUAUUGACGAACACUGUGUGUCUGCCAAACAGUUCUUCUACACACAUAUAUAAUUCUUGUCAUUUUAGGAUAAUUUAUACUUCGAAUAUAUUUGAUGCUCAUCAAAAAAAACUACCAAAGAGGAAGGAUUCUGAAAGACCUGCAUGGGUGUUUCCUAGAGAUUAUGGCAUAACUAAUCGUAGAAAAAUGCAGAAUUUAUCUAGGAAAUUUUUACAACUUUGCGAGUCCUUGUCAGGUCCAGAAAUCGCACAGACACGAUGUAUAUUGUAUAAUGGAAUCACAAAAUUAAACUUAGAUAAGGAAUCAGACCUUAUUCAAUUUACCCUAAGCUCAGAUGUGACAGUCAUGUCGGCAAAUCCUUUAAAACCAAUAGAAAAUUCUAACAGCAAUAUGGAAAUAGAUCUUCCGAAUAUGCAGCCACUGCAUCACACCAUUGGUUUGACCGAGACAAACUUCUACAAAACUGAGGAUAUGUAUCCUGUCAGUCCAACUAUACCUUGGAUAAACGUCCACACUAUUUUUGUACAUUACGAUCCCUUUCAUGUGAGAAAUAAGACGGAAUUAUCUGUGACACAGAGUCAGAUUUUCAGUCGCACUUUAAUAAAAACGUAUACUAUGGCGGCGUCCUGUGCACGGCAAAAGUUUGGCUCAUCCGUGAAGAAACUGCCAGAACCCGUGACUGUGCAAUGCAUUCAAUCAGAUGGAAAGAAUUAUCACUUUUUCGUAUUUCAACUCAAUUCGUUAGACACCAAUGACGUCAGUGUAAAGAAUUUCUGGUAUCCUUUAUCGCCGUUAACGCUUUAUGAAAAAGCUGAAUACGAUAAUGGUAGACCAGUAGUCGAAGGAUACAAUCCGGAGGUAUUCAGAAGAAUACUUGCACUUUACAGGAAUGGAAAUUAAAUAAAAUCUGUAAAGUUAAAUUAAAUAAAAUUGUU